AUGGACGGCCAGAGACAACAGCCGUACGUACCGGCUCCGCCGCCUUCGGCAUCUCAACCCUCACAAGCUCAUAUCAUGCCAUUACCGCCUCCUCCUCCUCGAUAUGCUCCAGCGCAACCGCAGAAUGUCAUGCCUCCGCCGCCACCUGGGCCACCUCCCGGAACUGCGUAUGCCCCGAAAACCAACCCUCAACUCCAAUCAUACAUCCCAGGGUCCAAUUGGGGCGGGCGCGGGAUACCACAAUAUCUUCCACCGCCGCCGCCUCCUCCCAUGACCCAUGCCAGUCAUGCAAAUCAGUCCUAUGCUCGCCCGUCGGCCAUGCAAAAUAACAACGCUACGUCCGCAACCUAUGUACCGCAGGCUGGAACGUUCGGACCGGGAGUCGGAAUACCUCCUUUCGACCUGCAUUCGCUUUCUUCGUACGAUGCACCCGGCACUAUGAUGGCAAACGACAGAUCACGGCCUCCAAUGAACACGCCAUAUGGGCAUGGCACCUCUAGCGUCUCUGCUUACCAGCUUGACGGAACGAUUCCAUCGACGCCAUUGACGCACACAGUUCCUUAUCCUCAUGAUACUGUUCAGGAUAUCCCUUCUUCUGCGGUGCCCACAGGGUCUCCUUUCAAAUCAAUCCCUCAGAGUACGAAUCAAGCAAGCGAUCUGACCAAGACUUCGAGCCAUCGGCAUAAUAACAGUAGUACAACCGUUGGUGGCAUGUCUGCUAGUGAAGCAGCAGUGCAAUGGCCGUUAGACCGGGUGCUGAUAUGGCUCGCGAGGAAUGGAUUCUCGCAUGAAUGGCAAGAGACUUUCAAGACUCUAGAAAUAGAGGGAGCAGAUUUCCUUGAGUUGGGUCACGGGCUGAAUGGGCGUCCGAAUCUCGGAAAAAUGCACAACGUGAUUUACCCUCAACUCGCAAAAGAAUGCGAGGCCAGUGGCGCAACGUGGGAUCUGACGCGAGAGAGAGAGGAAGGAAAGCGCAUGCGGAAAUUGAUUCGUUUGAUUCACGACGACACAGGACCUGACAGUGGAGUCACUCACCCUAGACACCACGAUUAUGAGGACGGACAGGGCAGCGCUCCUGAUGAGCCUAAUUCCCCUCACAUCCUCAUCCCUGGCUCUCCGAGUCUCAAUUCAGCGAAUCUCUCUAGUAGUCCGAACCUCAAGGCCCCAAAGUAUAGCCAUAAACCUCGAUCCUUUACAACUCCGGGGUCUAUCAGUCACGACAGUACCUCGGCAGAAAUUGCUAUGACUGAAGGUACCAGCACAAUGUUGCAUAGGUCAGACUUUUCGCGCAACGUGCUAGGAAAUAUUGGAAGCGACCAUACGAGGAAAAGUCCUUCCAUGUCUAGCGACAACGGGUUGUUCGCAAUCCCACCUCAUCGACCACACGAAGGUAGCCCCAAGAGCGGAAGCCCAGCCACGCAGCAUGCUGCGCUGUACUCAGCACCCAUGUCGUCCGCUCCCGAUCUGAAUGCUAAAUUCGACGCCAAGUAUGGACACAAUCGAGUCAACAGUGGAGAACGCCGGUACUAUGAAACGAUAAAGCAUGACAGCUCACGUCCCUCACCACAGGCCAUUCAGUCAGCUGGGGACAAUGCUUCGUCUUACCCCAAAGAUCACCGCAUGGGCUUCCUCAACUUUUUCAAGAAGAAAUCCGCAAGAAAUAGCGAUCCCAAUAACCCGUCCCCCGAUGAUGGGGCCCCGGAGUCUCCAAUCUACGGUAGGUAUAACUUCAACAACAGUGAUGUCUCGGUGAAUGAGCGACCUUUAUCGGCGUCACUAUCCGACUAUGAACGGAUGGUAUUGCGAACGAAGCCGGCGCACAGAGGAAAAAGGUUUAUUUUCGCAACGCUGGAUGGCCUCAACUAUCGGCUAGUUGACACCACUGAUAUUGAUUCUGUCGAGACGCUCCGUGCUUUGAUUUGCAAAAGUCUCGGAAUCAAUGACUGGGCUGAUGCGCAGAUAUUUCUCACUGAGCCUGGGCAGUCCGAACACGACGAGCCGCUCAACGACACUUUCCUAACUCUGUGCCAACGAUCAAAAUCAGACUCUGUUGGCUCUCUCAAAUUAUUCGUCAGAAGCCCACCCCACCGUCAAAGUAAUAAUGUCGCAGGCCUUGGAGUCUCUUUCCCAGACAAGUCUGCUGUCUCGCCAACGUCCACUGUACCCAGGAAACCGCUGGACGGCGAAGCACUCAGUAGGGUUUCACCCCUUAAAGCUACUUCUCCCCAACAAUUCAAGCCACCGGCCGGUAGGCUUCCUCUCCGCGACCUCCAGAACUCCACUGUUGGAGCUUCUCCCGUGGAAGAAGAACCAGAGGUUCUCCAAGACCAGGAACGGAAGCAGCAUAAGUCCUACCGUACACCACCGACACCCUUACCACGACCAGAUGCUUAUAGCGAGACUGGUUACCGCCGCAAGGAGGUAAUCAAUUUCGAUAAGCCACGCAUAUCGCCCUACGAAGAUAAAAAGUCUGAAGUGCUAGUGCCUUUCCGCAAGCCACCAUCAGCACCUCAAGAGUCAAAUACCCUCAGCAAGGUAAAUUCGUUGAGGAAGAAGGAUGGUGAACGGCCGCGUCCUCAACGUUCUAACCAACCACACGGCAUCAAGGAGAUGAUGGCAGACAUGGGAAUGAUGACUAGUCUCAUUGGGAAGCCCACGUCGCCCAAUUCGGGAAAUACAAAUUCAGAUGAUCCCCACAGCAGCGUUGAUUCAACUUUUGACCAACAUGGCCAAAAUACACCGCCGCUUACGAACACAAGCUACUCACCUACCAAUACCACGGCUUCAUCUGGCUUAUCCAGGACGGUAAGCCAAAAACGAAAGUCCGUCGGACCAGCGUUCGAAUUUGAGGAAACGCAAGUAUCUUUCCAGCGCUCCCCUAAUCUCGAAGAUGACUCGGAAGAUGAUUCGGAUGAUGGACUAUUUGCGAUUCCGUUGGCGAGCACCAAGACUCCCGUCAAAGAGAAGGGUGUGCUGCCUGGGUCUCCCGAGAUGCAGAAAAGGCCACGAAAACCAUCUCUCACUGUUGAUACUGACGCGAAGCCCCGUGCUGGAUUGAGUGUCAGUUUCAAGUCGCCUAGCGCUACUCGUGAGACUUUUACGAACUCUGAUGGCGAAGCAAGCCACCCGGGGACGUUCUUCAAUUUGAGUAGCUCUCCAGAAGAAGAGAGAACUCCAAUUAGAAGAAAAUCCUUUGCAGGAGACGAUGUUUGGGCUAGCCGUCCCCCUGUUGAAGGCGUCAUCGAUCAACUAGACGACUUCUUCCCAGACAUUGAUCUAGAUGCACCUUAUCUGGAUGAGCAGGGAACCUCACCACCAUCCUCGCCCGCCAACAGGGUUGCUGCCGACAACGAGAUAAACCGCAAGGACAAUUAUCACGGGAUGCAGCCACCCCCAACUCCUGACGAUAGUACUAUACGUGCGCCCGAAAAGCCGCUUAGCCAAAACAUUGUCGCGCGUCGAAAUGUCUCUCGCUCCGGUGGAGGAGGAGGCCUGACUCGAAUGAAGUCGAUUCGAGAAGUUGCCAAAGGCGCCAAUCAAGCAACUCGACAGCGAAGCGUCGCAUCUUCUUCCGCUGGUAAUAAAAGAACUGUUGACGUUCACCGCCGCAAGAGUACAAAGAUGUUCGGAGCAAAGAUUAUGCAGAUUAGCCCCAGGCCCGGCAGUCGACUCAGUCAGCUUGACCCAAUUCCUCAAAACAGUAUAUCGUCCAACACAAAACCUCAGAGACAACCUACCUUUCGCAUCAUCCGUGGUCAACUCAUUGGCAAGGGUACGUAUGGUAGGGUGUAUCUGGGAAUGAACGCCGACAAUGGUGAGGUCUUGGCCGUCAAGCAAGUUGAAAUCAACCCAAGACUCGCUGGACAAGACAAGGACAAGAUAAAAGAGAUGGUGUCUGCGUUGGACCAGGAGAUUGAUACAAUGCAACACCUCGAGCAUCCGAACAUCGUGCAGUAUCUUGGAUGUGAGCGCGGCGAGAUCUCAAUAUCGAUCUACCUUGAGUAUAUUUCUGGUGGUUCAAUCGGCAGCUGUCUUCGAAAGCACGGAAAAUUUGAGGAGAGCGUGGUCAAGUCCCUCACCCGACAAUGCUUGGAAGGGCUAUCUUACCUUCAUAACCAAGGAAUUCUUCAUCGCGAUCUCAAGGCGGAUAACAUCCUGCUUGAUCUUGACGGAACGUGCAAGAUCUCCGACUUUGGUAUAUCCAAAAAGUCAAACGAUAUAUACGGAAAUGACUCCUCAAAUUCCAUGCAAGGAUCCGUCUUUUGGAUGGCGCCCGAAGUUAUCCAGUCCCAAGGCCAGGGGUACAGCGCCAAAGUCGACAUCUGGUCUCUCGGUUGCGUGGUGCUCGAGAUGUUCGCCGGUCGUCGUCCCUGGAGCAAAGAGGAAGCCAUUGGCGCGAUCUUCAAACUUGGCAGCCUGAGUCAGGCGCCCCCAAUCCCAGACGACGUGUCCAUGAAUGUUACUCCCGCUGCCCUGGCUUUCAUGUGGGACUGCUUUACGGUUGACACAUCCGAGCGUCCGACAGCGCAGACCCUCCUCACCCAUCCAUUCUGCGAGCCCGAUCCUAAGUAUAAUUUCCUUGAUACUGAGCUUUACGCCAAGAUCCGUCAUGUCCUUGGGAGUUAA